CACAAGUCACAAACACGACCACACACAAACACACAAGAAAAAUACAUAAAUAAUUGACCUUAAACCCCCUACAAGGUUCCUUCAACUCUCCCUGUUCUUCAACUCACUCAAUCCCCAGAUCUUUUAUUCUCUUCCCAUUUGUUUGUCAUUAAUUUAUCAGCUUUUCAUUUUUUCUCUCAUUGUUCAAAACCCGUUCAAUUCUUGUUCACAAUGAGCUCGGAUUCAUUUACUUGAAUCUCUCUUUAAUCUGCUAUUCGGAUUCCUUUCGACAAAGUAAUAGAAUGGUCUUGAUCUUGAAGAAGCUCGGAAUCUCUUCUUGUUGUUCAACUCUCAAAUGGGUUAUUGUGUUUUUGAGUUUGGUUCAAUGGGUGCAGUGUCAAGAAGUGGAUGAUUAUGACCAAAUUAACAACCAAAUUAACAACCCUGCGGUUCUUUCUCUCGCCACUCAACUCGUCUAUAGCCGGAUUUCGAAUGUUACGUCCUCAGUUAUCAGCAAGGAUAUCAGCAGUCGCUCCAACUUCUGUAUUAAGGACCCGGAUGCUGAUUGGAAUCGAGCCUUUAAUUUUUCAUCCAAUUUGGACUUCCUCUCUUCUUGCAUUCAAAAAAGAGGAGAUGUCAGGCUGCGCUUAUGCUCUGCUGCAGAAGUGAAGUUCUACUUCAAUAGUUUUUUUGAACCAUCAGCGAGUGUCAACUACUUGAGACCCAAUAGGAACUGUAACUUGAUCUCCCGGGUUUCUGGUUGUGAGCCUGGAUGGGCAUGCAGUGUAGGUCGGAACCAGCAGGUUGACCUUGAAAAUGCCAAGGAAAUUCCUGUAAGGACUCAAAGCUGUCAGCCUUGUUGUGAGGGUUUCUUUUGUCCUCGUGGUAUUACAUGCAUGAUACCUUGCCCAUUAGGAUCAUAUUGCCCGCUUGCCAAACUGAAUACAGCAACGGGCACAUGUGAGCCAUAUCAUUACCAACUUCCUCCUGGCCAGCCGAACCAUACUUGUGGAGGAGCAAAUAUAUGGGCUGAUGUUGGUAGUAGCAGUGAGAUAUUCUGUUCAGCAGGAUCAUAUUGUCCGACAACAACCCGUAGAGAGUCAUGUAGCAGUGGACAUUACUGCAGAAUGGGUUCUACAUCUGAAAAGCGCUGCUUCAAGUUAACUUCAUGCAACCCAAAUACUGCAAAUCAAAAUAUGCAUGCAUAUGGAGUUUUGCUUAUAGUUGCUUUGGGUACCCUGCUAAUCAUCAUAUACAACUGCUAUGAUCAAGUUCUGACAACACGAGAGAAGAGGCUGGCGAAAUCCAGGGAAGCAGCAGCAAGAAGUGCAAGGGAGACAGCAAAAGCACGUCAAAGGUGGAAGGCUGCAAAAGAUACUGCUAAGAAGCAUGCAAGUGGAUUACAAGCUCAUUUAUCAAAGACAUUUUCGCGUAAGAAACUUGUUGCAGAUCCUGAGCAACUUAAGAUUUUAGGUCAAGCUAAAGUUGAAGAAGAUGAUGAUUUAUACCCACCUACAUUUUCUAAUUCUUCCCUUGAGUUCACGCCAUCAUCUGUUCCAUUGAAAGGAAAUAAAAGGGAACCAAGUGACCUCAUGGAGAUGAUUCAUGAAAUAGAAGAUGACCCUGAUGGUUUCAAGGGUUUAAAUGUUGAAGUUGGAGAUAGGAAUGGUAAAAGGCAUAUGCCAAAAGGAGAACAAAUAAACACUCAUAGCCAAAUAUUUAAGUAUGCAUAUACUCAACUUGAGAAAGAGAAAGCAAGACAGCAAGAAAACAAGAAUCUUACCUUCUCAGGGGUAGUUUCAAUGGCUACUAAUGAUGAGAUCAAGAGAAGGCCUCUAAUUGAGAUUUCUUUCAAAGACCUAACCCUUACUUUGAAAGCAAAUAACAAGAAUUUAUUGAGGUGCCUUACAGGAAAAGUGAAGCCUGGCCGCAUCACUGCUGUCAUGGGUCCUUCAGGGGCUGGAAAAACUUCAUUUCUUUCUGCUCUGGCGGGAAAAGCAAUUGGAUGUAGGACAACUGGUUUGAUUCUGAUAAAUGGGAAAAAUGAAUCAAUCCACUCGUACAAGAAAAUUAUAGGUUUUGUGCCACAAGAUGAUAUUGUGCAUGGAAAUUUGACAGUGGAAGAGAAUCUCUGGUUCAGUGCAAAGUGCAGACUAUCUGCUGACUUGCCUAAACCGGAUAAAGUCCUCAUUGUUGAAAGAGUUAUUGAAUACUUAGGGCUACAGACAGUGCGAGAAUCCUUGGUGGGAACAGUUGAGAAGCGAGGAGUUUCUGGAGGCCAGAGAAAGCGAGUUAAUGUUGGAUUGGAAUUGGUCAUGGAACCUUCUCUUUUAAUAUUGGAUGAACCUACAUCUGGACUAGAUAGUUCAUCUUCUCAGUUGCUUCUUAGAGCACUUCGACGAGAAGCUCUUGAAGGGGUGAACAUCUGCAUGGUCGUUCACCAACCAAGCUAUGCUUUGUACAAAAUGUUUGAUGAUCUCAUACUACUAGCAAAAGGCGGGUUAACUGUCUACCAUGGGCCAGUGAAGAAAGUCGAAGAAUACUUUGCGGGGCUUGGUAUAACAGUUCCUGAUCGUGUUAAUCCUCCAGACCACUUUAUUGACAUCCUGGAGGGUAUGGUUACACCAAGUGCUAGCUCAGGUGUGAGUUAUAUAGAGCUUCCUGUCAGAUGGAUGCAUCAUAAUGGGUACCCAGUACCCCCAGAUAUGCAGCGGAAUGUUGCUGGAUCUGCUAUCGCCUUACCUGUUGAGAAUCCAGCACAUUUGGCAAAUGUAGUAGAUGCUGAGGUAGAAGAUAAAUCAUUUGCGGGAGAACUUUGGCAGGAUGUGAGAAGUAACGUGGAGUUGCACAGAGAUAAGAUACGCCUCAACUUUUUGAAGUCCAAGGACUUAUCAAACAGAAGAAAUCCUGGUGUGCUCCAGCAAUACAGAUACUUUCUUGCCAGGGUUGCCAAGCAGCGACUAAGGGAAGCUAGAAUACAAGCAACUGAUUAUUUGAUCUUAUUUCUUGCUGGGGCCUGCUUAGGAUCACUGGCUAAAGUGACUGAUGAAAAUUUCGGGGCAGUUGGUUAUACGUACACCAUCAUUGGGGUUUCUCUUCUAUGCAAAAUAGCGGCUUUGAGAUCAUUUUCUCUGGACAAAUUACAUUACUGGAGAGAGAGUGCCUCCGGCAUGAGCAGUUUGGCUUUUUUUCUAGCGAAGGACACAAUGGACCAUUUUAACACAGUGAUCAAGCCAGUUGUGUAUCUAUCCAUGUUCUAUUUCUUCACCAAUCCAAGAUCUUCCUUCGCAGAUAAUUACAUUGUUUUGCUAUGCCUGGUAUACUGUGUGACUGGUAUAGCCUAUGCAUUGGCCAUCUUUUUCGAACCUGGUCCAGCGCAGCUGUGGUCGGUUCUGCUUCCUGUUGUUUUAACUCUUGUCGCAACCAGGACAAAUGAUAACGAAACUCUGAAGAAGUUGGCUAAUCUAUGUUACCCCAAAUGGGCUCUGCAAGCAUUUGUGAUUGCGAAUGCUGAAAGGUACUACGGUGUUUGGCUGAUUACGCGGUGUGGUGCUCUUUUGAAGAGUGGCUAUGAUCUUCAUGCAUGGCCGCUUUGUGUAUCAAUCCUCAUCCUCAUUGGUGUAAUUACUCGUUGUGUAGCAUUCUUUGGCAUGCUGUCAUUCAAAAGAAAAUGAGGUAUAGCCUACAAUAUUCCAUUCUUUCCCACUUCCAUUAAACUAAAAUCGAUGGCAGUAAGAGGAGUGUAGCCAUUGGUUGGAAUGAGAGAUUAUUGUACUAUAGGGUGUGUUAUGAUUAUUGACGUAAUGGAUUGUAUAUUUGUAUAUGCUCUCCAACAAUGACCUGAUGAAUUAUUUUACAUAACAAAUAGUCAGUUUUGUGUGUAUCAUUUCUUGGUGUCAACAAACUUCAUAUGUAGAACAAAUUAUUAUUUAUAGAAUUGUCUAUUUACCGGUGUCGAUAAUCA